UGGAAAGCCAGUGUGUCUUCCCGGCCAAGGAGAGGGUCAACUGCGGCUACCCUAACAUUGACCAGGAGGCCUGCACCAGCCGCGGCUGCUGCUUUGACUCCAGCAUACGAGGGGUGCCCUGGUGCUUCAAGCCUCUGCAGGAGGAAG